GGCGUAUUGAAGCAGACGCUGACGCGUACCAAGUUGGGAAUAUUCUGCGAAAAUACAUACGAUUAAGUUGAUAGUGUUAUAUCUAUCUGCUUAUACACACGACACUUCAUCGGUUGCAUAGGACAGGGAUUUAGGACAGGAUUCUGUGCUACCGGGUAUCGAACUCUACUUCUAAGAGAUCCUAAUAGGCAGCAUACGUCUAUAUCGAACGCGCAGUGCAAUAUUUACGUGAUACAGUCGAUAUUCCUCAACGCGAUAGAUAUCGCUUGCUCUCCCGGGACUCACGGACUUGUUCACGUCAACAUGUCCAAGUCACCGUCAUCGGAGGUAAUGAACAUUACGAACAUGCUAGACAAGAAGCACGCAGCAGCAGCAGCCGCAGCCGCCGCAGCAUCAGGUCCCUCUCCGGAUCACCAACUUCUCCCACACCCGCAGCUCACUUCGGCGGGUAUGGAUCGUGGUAACUCUCCACAUGGAUCUGAGAGCUCGUAUCACUCAGGUCACCGUGUCGGACAGCCAUUAGAAGCCCUAAAUGGGAUGGGCAACGGACGAUCUUAUGGUUCACCCUCUGCAAUGCAUACCUCGAUGCCUUUAUCUGAUCCGAGCAUGACUCCUGGCAUGAUGAUUCCUGCCUUGCCACAGGUCAAUCACGGAUCAAUGGCUCAUGGUCUCCCUAUGGCUUACAACAGCGCUCCUGAGAUGGUACAGCGACCGCAGCCGCCGAGCAAGAAUUUUGAGUGUCGUACUUGUGGCAAAGCAUUUGCUCGACGAAGUGAUCUGGCCAGACAUGAUCGAAUUCACACCGGAGUUCGACCUCACGCCUGUGACUUUCCAGGCUGUAAUAAACAUUUCAUUCAACGAUCUGCACUGACGGUUCACCAACGAGUUCACACGGGUGAAAAACCCCACAUGUGUGAGCGGUGUGGCAAGCCUUUUAGUGAUAGUAGCUCUUUGGCUCGGCACAGGCGCAUUCAUUCGGGUAAAAGACCGUAUAAGUGCCCGUACGCCAAUUGCCAAAAGACUUUCACAAGGAAGACCACCCUCACGCGGCACAAGAAUUCGCAUACUGGUACAGUGGAAGAGGCGGCAGAAGCCACAGCCGCUGCUCUAGCCGCUGCUCAGGCUAGUAGAACGGCAGCGAACGCUGGUCGGGUAGCCCAUAGUGAUGGCGAACCUGUCUCAAGCCACGCAUCACCAUUGAAUACGCCAUCACCGGGUCAGAGACACAUGUCUAUCUCGCCAAGCGCAGAAUUGGCUACCUCGAAUGUUAUGCGAAACAAUGAGUAUUCGUAUGUAAGCAAUGGAUCACUCCCGGUUCAUAUUCGCACAGAUAUGCAAUCUCAGAGCCCUACAUCGGUCCCUGCUUAUGCUACCACGAUGCGACCUACCUCCCACCCUACAGUCUACCCGCCACCUCCCACGCUAGAACCUAGUGUUGAAUCGCAUCAGUCAGGAACUGGUAGCGCCGGCGGAAGUCCUCAUAUGGGCAGCGUGGGAUGGCAAUCACCAUCACACAUGGCUUCUCCGACGCACAGCACGAGCGGCAGCAGCUACGUGUACCCGGAUCCGGAGCAGCCGUUUCUAGGCAGCAAUAGUCUUGGACAGAUGUACUACAAUGCGGGUGCUCAAAUUCGACGACCGACGAGCACGGAUCCUGGCUCGGCGACCUACGAUGUCAAGCCCCGCCCGGACGCGCUAUGGGCUAGCCAGUAGGGUGGCAACCAUAGUAGUUUAGGCGCACUCCCGGACACCAUGCUGCCGGCAACAUGGCUACUAGCACCAGUAGCACCCUCUCCAGAGGCAUCGUCAUUCUC